CCUGAAGAUGACUGAAGGAGGAGGACCUGGUUUUUCAUAUGUGGUUCUGAAGAUCCACGUGCCUUUUAUAUGAGAAAAGAUACUAGUGUAUUUGAGACACAAGGUAGAAAACCUUUUCUGCAUGCCAAGCGGAGGAGACCACUAAAGAAAUCAAAUUUUGUACAUAACUGAGACACAUCAUGGCGGAAGGUUACUGGACCUUGUUCUGUGAUUGUUCAACUGAGUCUGGAAUUGAAUGCAGUUCUGACAUUGCAGCCAUUAUCAAUCCAGAUUCAUGUAUCAACAAUAUUGCGGUCAUUGCAGUUGAUAUCUUGCUUCUAUUCAUCUUGUUUUGUAUCUUCAUCUAUAGAACAUUAUCAAAGAAGGUUAUAGCAUCAUCAGAGUCUUACACCUUCUCUGCUGUGUCAGUUGUUUCGGCCACUUUCAAUGCCUGUUUGUCUUUGGCCUAUUUGGGUUUUGGGAUAUGGAAAAUGGUCGAGAAAGUAAACACAGAUCAGACUUUUUUACCUCUGCAUGGAUGGCUAGUGUUUUUCUUUCAGGGGUUUACUUGGUUUAUGCUGGGAUUAACCAUAAACCUAAAGAAGCCACACCCUCCCCACAUUGCAAUAACAAAAGUUCUUUCAAUUCUUGGCUUUUUUAUUGCAGUUUUUCUUUGUGGUUCAUCAAUUUGGGAAGCUAUUCUUGAUGAAGCAGUAUCGGUUAUGAUUGUUUUGAACAUUCUUUGUUUCCCUGGAUCAGUUCUCUUGCUUUUUAGUGCAUUUGAGGGAUGCAAUGUUGCUAAAGGUGAUCCACAAGUCCAUGUUGACAAUGCUCUGGACACACCUCUGCUGGGUGCAAAAUCGGAUAUCGCAGGUGAAAUUACUUCAAAUCAUGACAAUGUUACUCCUUUUGCAAAAGCUGGUUUAUUUAGUAGAGUGUCAUUUUGGUGGUUGAAUCCAUUACUGAAAAAAGGAAAGGGGAAGAUUCUUGAGAAUGAAGAUAUCCCACAGCUGAGAGAAGCUGAUCAAGCACGAACAUUGUACUUGAUGUUUAAGGAGCAAGUGCAGAAAAGGAAGGAAAACAUUUCAUCUGAUGAUGAACCUUCUAUUUUGUCCACAAUUUUUUUCUGCCAGAGGAAAGCUAUUCUGAUUUCUGGUAUCUUUGCACUCAUCAAGGUUCUCACACUGACCAGCGGUCCACUGUUUCUGAGGGCCUUCAUUAGGGUUGUUGGAGGAGAAGCAGCUUUUGAAGGUGAAGGCUAUGCCCUGACUGCUGGUCUCUUUGUGGUUAAAGUCGUGGAGUCAUUGUCGGAGAGGCAAUGGUUCUUCAGAACUAGACUUAUUGGUCUCCAGGUAAGAUCAUUGAUAUCAGCAGCAAUAUAUCAGAAGCAACUAAGACUCUCAAAUGCUGCCAAGAUGACUCAUUCUCCUGGUGAGAUAGUGAAUUAUGUGAGCGUGGAUGCUUAUAGAAUCGGUGAAUUUCCAUUCUGGUUUCAUCAGAUAUGGUCCACAAGUCUUCAGUUGCUUCUUUCAUUACUUAUCUUUUACUACUGCGUGGGGAUAGCAACUCUUGCAGCUAUAACUGUAAUCAUAGUGACUCUGCUGGGAAGCUCUCCAUUAGCAAAGUUGCAGCAUGAGUAUCAAACUAAGCUCAUGGUAGCACAGAACAAGAGGCUGAAAGCCAUUACAGAAGCGCUUUCCAAUAUGAAGAUUUUGAAGCUGUAUUCUUGGGAGACGAAUUUCAAGAAGGUCAUAGAAGGGUUGAGAACAGAAGAACUCAAAUGGAUAGCUAAAGUACUGUCACAAAAGGGAUAUUACAAUGUUCUAUUCUGGUCAUCUCCUAUUGUGGUAGCAGCUGUCACUUUUUGGACAUGCUACUUCCUGGGAUUUACACUCUCUGCUAGUAGUGCUUUCACAUUUCUAGCAACUUUACGUAUUGUUCAGGAGCCAAUCAAGCUGAUCCCGGAUGUUUUUGGAGCAUUUAUCGAAGCCAAGGUUUCAUUCUCUCGGAUCGUGAAGUUCCUUGAUGCACCAGAGUUGGAGCACAGAGAUACAAGGAAAGAGAGCAGUGAAAAAGAGGUUGAGCAUUCCAUUUUGUUUAAAUCCUUUGAAAUUUCAUGGGAUACUGAUGCUACAAAGGCCACAUUGAGGGACAUCAAUUUGGUGGUAAAACCAGGAGAAAAAGUUGCUAUUUGUGGUGAGGUUGGCUCAGGAAAAUCAACCCUUUUAGCUGCAAUUCUCGGUGAAGUUCCACGGAUCAAUGGUGUUGUUGAAGUAUACGGCACAAUAGCAUAUGUAUCUCAGUCUGCAUGGAUCCAAACAGGAACUAUACAAGAAAAUAUACUAUUUGGGACUCCCAUGGAUCAUGUAAGAUAUCAAGAAACACUUCAAAAGUGUUCCUUGGUAAAGGACCUUGAUAUGCUUCCAUUUGGGGAUCGCACUCAGAUAGGAGAAAGAGGUGUCAAUCUAAGUGGCGGCCAGAAGCAGCGGAUUCAACUUGCACGUGCACUCUAUCAAAAUGCUGAUGUCUACCUCUUAGAUGACCCUUUCAGUGCAGUUGAUGCCCACACUGCGACCAGCCUGUUCAAUGAAUAUGUCAUGGGAGCUCUGGCUGAGAAGACAGUUCUGCUUGUCACACACCAAGUUGACUUCCUUCCUGCUUUUCAUUCAAUCUUGUUGAUGUCGUCGGGGGAAAUUUUAAAAGCAGCGCCUUAUGAUGAGUUGCUAGCUUCUUGUCAUGAGUUCCAAGACCUUGUGAAUGCAAACAAUGACACUGCUGGUUCAGAGAGGCCAAAUGAAAAUGCUUCUACAGAAAAACUUAAAUCAUCUGCAAAGGAGAUUGAGAAAGUAACCACUGAGGUACAGCUACAAGAGUCUGCAGGGGAUCAAUUGAUUAAGAGAGAAGAGAGAGAAACAGGGGACAUUGGUUUCAAGCCAUACAUUCAGUAUUUGAAGCAGGGCAGGGGAUUUUUCAACUUCUCCUUGUCAAUUUUUCUCUACUCGAUGUUUAUAGUUGGGCAGUUACUUCAGUUUUAUUGGUUGGCUUUGAACAUUCAGGAUUAUAGUGUAUCCAGAGUCAAACUCUAUGCAGUUUAUUCUGUGAUCAUGACUGUCAUGAUAGUCUCUUUGCUCAUUCGAUCUUUCUUUAUAGUAGAUUUAGGAGUUGGGGCAGGAAAGUCCAUUUUUUCGACACUACUGAACUCUCUUUUCCGAGCACCAAUGUUGUUUUAUGACUCAACACCUGUGGGAAGAAUACUUAGUCGGGUGUCGUCGGAUAUGAAUAUCAUUGACCUUGAAGUAGCUUUCAAGUUGAUAAUUGCUGUUGGGGGAACCUUGAACACAUACAGCAUAUUUCUAGUACUGGUUUAUCUUACUUGGCCGAUGGUGUUUCUAGUUGUCCCCACAAUCUAUAUUACUAUGCUCUUUCAGAACUACUACAUGGCUUCUGCAAAAGAGUUGAUGCGAAUGAAUGGCACAACUAAGUCUGCACUUGCAAGCCAGCUUGCCGAAUCUAUUGCUGGAGCCCUGACAAUCAGAGCUUUCAGACAGGAGGACAGAUUCUUCACAAAAUACUUGGACUUUAUCGAUGCAAAUGCUAGCACUGAUUUCCAUGGUUUUUCCACAAAUGAGUGGUUGAUCGAACGCCUGGAAUUGCUAUGUGCUAUUGUUCUCUCAGCUGCAGCACUUGCCAUUACUUUAACUCCAUAUUCCUCUUCUUCCUCUGGGUUUAUUGGGAUGACACUGUCAUAUGGUCUCUCCUUAAAUGUUUUCCUCGUAAUUUCUGUCAAAUUUCAGUGCAUGCUAGCAAAUUCAAUCAUUUCUGUAGAAAGGGUAGAGCAAUACAUGCAUAUUCCAAGUGAAGCCGCAGAAGUUAUAGAAGACAACCGACCGAUGCAAAAUUGGCCUACUGUUGGUAAAGUGGAAAUACAUGAUUUAAAGGUUAGAUAUAGGCCAAAUGCUCCUCUCGUUCUUCGUGGGAUAACUUGCACAAUUGAAGGAGGGUACAAAGUUGGAAUUGUUGGCCGGACUGGAAGUGGAAAGACAACUCUUAUCAGUGUUUUGUUUCGACUUGUAGAGCCUACAGAGGGAAAGGUCAUUGUAGAUGGUUAUGACAUUUGCACAAUUGGACUUCAUGACUUAAGAUCAUGUUUUGGGAUCAUCCCUCAAGAUCCCACUCUAUUCAGUGGGUCUGUGAGGUUCAAUCUUGACCCCUUAUCGAAGCAUACUGAUCAUGAGAUAUGGCAGGUGCUUGAGAAAUGUCAGUUACGAGAGGCCAUUCAAGAAAAAGCAGAGGGCCUGGAUUCUUUAGUUGUACAAGAUGGAACAAACUGGAGCAUGGGACAGCGACAACUGUUCUGUUUGGGGCGCGCUUUGUUAAAGAGGAGCCGAAUACUAGUGCUCGAUGAAGCUACUGCAUCAAUGGACAAUGCAACAGAUUCUAUUCUCCAGAAAACUAUAAGAACAGAAUUUGCUGACUGCACUGUAAUAACAGUGGCACAUAGGAUACCGACUGUCAUGGACUGCACCAAGGUGCUUGCUAUUGCUGAUGGUAAACUGGUAGAGUAUGAUGAGCCAACAAAGCUGAUGAACAAUGAGGGAUCAUUAUUUGGGCAGCUUGUCAAGGAAUACUGGUCUCGUUCUGCCAAUGUCGGCAUCCACUCUGAAGAUUGAUAGUGAAAGGUGUUGGGGUGUUCUUGAUUCUUUAGUACAGCUCUGCCUUGUUGGCAGCAUCCGGCUUUAAAUUCUAUAAAAUCUUGUUGAGUUAGAAUGUAAUAAGUUGAUGCAUUAUUUAAAAGCUAAUAAAAGAAAUGCUCAUGAGCCUUUCAUUGGCUGGGAAAUAUAGUUUCUUCCCCCUUCAA